GGACUUGUUCAACACUAAAACUCCGUUUCUCUCGCGAACAUGUUCGGACAUGCACAAAACAUGAAUAAAACGGAACAGACACAACAGAAAAAUAGUGUCGCAUAUUUUUGUCCGUGAUAUCCACAAAAAUUAAUUUUCACGCCCCCGCGAUGUUUGUGUUUUGCGGCGACUCUAAGAAUUGAUUUUACAUUUUACACUAAUUAAAACGGUUUAAACUAAAGGAGAUGAAAGAAAAAUUAGUAAGUCGCGCGAGGCGAGUAGAAUAACGGGGAAAAUCGUGUGCAAUUAACGGGGUCACUCACCCACGCCGAGAAACAACAACAAAAAUCGCAAUGUGUUAUCAAAGUUACAAAUGAAAAUUAAAUUAUAGUUUAUUGCUCGAAAAGUGAACAAAGGCCCUGGAAAAGUGCAGAAAGAGACAGGGGAAGUGAUGCAAUUGCCACCAAUACACACAUAUACGUGCACCAAAACAACAUUGAAAUCAAAGAGAAACAACAAAAUAAAUGCUGCACAAAUCAGCAGAAAGACAGGUGAAAAACAAGACAAAUAUGAGCGAAUAUCGAGCAAGCAGCAAAAGAAAAUCGCAUCAAAAAAUGUUUCAGCUUAAUGCCAAAAUAAUGAAAUAGCGGAAUCUCGACGAAAUUUUGUGUUUACAAAUAUCUACAUUUUGCGAAAGAAUCUCAAUGAACAAUUCGAUCGAAUGAAAACUUGAGAACAAAAUUUGAAAAGUGUGCAGCAGCUGCCUCAACGAAAGAGCAGAGAAGAAAGGACGGACGGAAGGAAGGAAGGAAGGACGGAAGGCAAGUUGAAGGCUAUGCCUCAGGGUCGAGCGAUUGUUUGAUUGAUUGAACGAAUGAAUGAUUGUGACGACCUGAGCGCUGGAUAAAUGCUACAGCAGAAUGUCGGCGAAACGCUCAUCCGGAACCGGUGCCCAGCAUAUCGAACAGUACACGAAUCCCUCCUUCGAGCAGGAGUCCUCCGACCCCCCACAGGCCACAGGAGCCGUUGUCGCCGCCGCCGCGACUGUCACGGGAACAGGCACCGGCACCGGCACCGGCAACGCGACUGCCACAGCCACUGCCACUGCCGGUGGCAGCCACAUCCACAUUCAGAGCUCCAACAGCAAUGCCAGCGAUGCCAGCACGACACAUCGUAAAGGUCACAGGCGGCAGGAAUCGAUGUACCAGAUGACUGGACUCUACUCCGAGACGAACAGCGGCGACGACAGCAGCAUAGAUGCCGCUCUGGGGGAUCCCCAGGAUCCCCAGUCCCGAUCGUCGUUGCCCCCCACAAGUGCACCGGCUGCUGCUGCUGCUGCAUCGGUGGACAGCGUGAUGGUCAAGUGCCACAGUCGGCAGGCGUCGGCGGGCAAGUGUCCGCCCGAUGAGGAGGAGGACUACGACGAGGAGCAGUUCCGGUCGGGAGACUGCGGGAUCCUCAACUGCCGGCCGAAUGGCAUCCAGAGGUUCGCCCGCAUCAAGAUCUUCGUGCUGCUGCUCUCGCUCCUGGUGAUGAUGCAGCAGGCGCUGAGCUCCGGGUACAUCAACUCUGUGAUCACCACCAUCGAGAAGCGCUUCGAGAUCCCCUCCAGCUACUCGGGCCUGAUCGCCUCCAGCUACGAGAUCGGCAACGUGAUAACCGUGAUCUUCGUCAGCUACCUGGGCAGCAGGCGGCACAUCCCCGUGUGGAUCGGCAUCGGGGCCGUCAUCAUGGGCAUCGGUUCGCUGGUGUUCAUGGUGCCGCACUUCACCGGAGAGCCCAAUCCGGGCAUUGCCAUCCUGAACAAGACCAGCGACAACAUCUGCCGCAGUGCCUUGGUGCGGGACCAGGACAUGGAUCUGGGGCGCCUCUCCAGCGGCCUGUCCAACCAACCGCUCGCCCCCCACACGCUGCGCGAGGACAACUGCCUGGAGGGCAAGGCCUCCACCACCGGACCCGUGCUGCUCUUCGUCCUGGCCCAACUGCUGCUCGGCUGCGGCGGGAGUCCGCUCUUCACCCUGGGCACCACCUACGUGGACGACCACGUGCGCACCGAGAGCUCCUCGAUGUACAUCGGUUGCAUGUACAGCAUGGGCGCCUUCGGGCCCGUGGUGGGCUUCCUCCUGGGCGCCUAUCUGCUCUCCUUCCACAUGGACUCGCUCUCCUCCGCCACAAUAUCGAUCACUCCUGGCGACCGACGAUGGGUGGGUCUCUGGUGGGGUGGCUUUCUGCUUUGUGGCGUCAUCCUGCUGGUGGUGGCCGUGCCGUUCUUCUCCUUCCCCAAGGUGCUCGCUCGCGAAAAGAAGAAGAUCCGCAAGAGCAGCGUCGUCCAGCCCGUGCUGCCCAACAACUCCGUGGUGGCCGGUGGCGGUGGCAGUGUCGGUGGCGUUGGCGGCGCGGUGGUGGCCACCGACGAGCUCGGCAAGGUGGUGAAGAAGGUGGAGAUCGUGGCGGUGACCAGCAAGGAGGAGCAGCAGCAGCUGCCUCCCAAGGUGGACACUGGCUACGGCAAGGACAUCAAGGACAUACCCAAGUCUAUGCUGCGGCUGGUGAAGAACCCCGUGUACAUUGUGACCUGCCUGGGGGCCUGCAUGGAGCUGAUGAUCGUCUCGGGCUUCGUGGUCUUCCUGCCCAAGUACCUGGAGACGCAGUUCAGCCUCGGCAAGAGCCAGGCCAACAUCUUCACGGGAUCCAUUGCGGUGCCCGGGGCCUGCAUUGGGAUCUUCCUCGGCGGCUGCAUCCUGAAGCGCUUCCAGCUGAAGCCCAAGGGCGCCGUCCAGUUCGUGUUGAUCACGAACGUGAUCUGCCUCGCCUGCUACGCGAUGCUGUUCUUCCUGGGCUGCGACAACCUCAAGAUGGCCGGCACCACGAUCCCCUACUACACCAGCAACAAGGGGGGCUCCACGCUGGAGCAACCCUUCCAGGUGAACCUCACGGCCGCCUGCAACUUCGGCUGCGAGUGCCUCACCAGCGAGGUGGAGCCCGUCUGCGGCAACAACGGACUGACGUACUUCAGUCCCUGCCACGCCGGCUGCACGGCCUUCUCCUCCAGCUCCAACUACACCAACUGUGCAUGUGUUCACGCCAACAUCUCGAGCAGCAUUUAUCGCGGGGCUGGCGGUAGCCAGGCCCAGGCUCUCAGCGCCAGAGAGGACUUUGCCGAGGUCACUGUGGUGCCGGUGGCCACGGCAGGACCCUGUGCCACGCCCUGCCGCACCAUCUACCCGUUCCUCAUCCUGCUCUUCUUCAUGACCUUCCUGGUGGCCUCCACGCAGAUGCCGCUGCUCAUGAUCGUCCUGCGAUCGGUGUCCGAGGAAGAGCGCUCCUUUGCCCUGGGCAUGCAGUUUGUGAUCUUUCGACUCUUUGGAUACAUCCCCGCCCCGAUCCUCUUUGGCAACCUCAUCGACUCGACCUGCCUGCUCUGGAAAUCCUCUUGCGGCGAGAAGGGCGGUCGCUGUCUCAUCUACGACAUUGAGAAGUUUCGUUACAAAUAUGUGGGUCUCUGUGCCUCCGUGAAGCUGGUUGCUCUGUUCAUCUUCAUCGUGGACUGGUGGCUGGUGCGACGACGCCGGCAGCUGGAGAAGACCAAGCCGCUGAAUGCCAGCGAUCCGAUCAUCGGCUCCAUCAUCAGCCUGGACAAAUUGUUCGAGGAGAAGCUGUCGGGAGCAGAGCCAGCCGCUGGCUUCGUUGGCGGCGCAGGAGAGCUGAUCAUACCCACAGAUAUAUUGCGGCAUUCGCGCAAUGACUCGCGCACCAUGCAGAUGGACUACUGCUACGACAAGUGCGGGCAUGUGGUGCCGCCCACGAACACGUGCAACCAGCCGCAGACCAAGUCAAAGAAGCAUUUCCGCAGCGCCUCGUGCGACGUGAAGAUGAUCAAGAGCUUUGCCAGGGAUCACAACUCCUCGAGCGGGCCGGCCGAUGCCGCGGGACAGGAGGCCGGCGCUGGCAGCAGCAGCAAGUACAAGAAUCUCAAGAAGUUCCAGGCGCACACCCGGAACCACUCCACGGAUCUGCACGACAAUAGUCAGCCCAUACGCUACAUCCAGAACCAGCUGCGGCCCCAGGACUGUGCCGAGGAGGAUGACGACGAUGAGCUGACCACCGGCUGUGGCCACUUCGUGAAGAAGCAUUCGCGCAACCACAGCUACGAUCAGAUCUACAUGCCCAACAACAUACGCUUUGAUGCGGACUUCCUGCGGCAUUCCCAUCCGCACCACAAUCCCAAGAAGAACGUGAAUGUGCUCAAGAAUGUGGUGGCGGAGACGUGUGGCAAGCUAAAGAACUCCAACGAGAUGGAGGCCGGAGGAGGAGGCUCUGGCUCGCGUGGCCAUUCGCGCAACAACUCCAAGGACUUGAAUACCAAAAGUGCCAGUGGAGCAGCUCCAUCGAGCAGCGGACAGCCAGCAGCUGAGCAGCCACCAGCCUCGACGGGACUGAGUGUCCUGCGACAUCGUCGCACCAACUCCAAGGAUCUGAACUACACAAUGCUGGCAGAGGUGACACCGCCUUCGGCUGCUGCACCCGCUGCGAAUGUUAAUCGAGGAGGAGGAGGAGGAGCAGCAAGCCAUCAGCAACAGCAGCACCACUCGCGGAAUACGUCGCACCACAAGAUCCAGAUCGACGACGAUCGAAACGAGCUCAUCAACGACAACGAUGAGGAGGAGGACCGCUCAUCAUCUCUGCGCCUGUAGUUCCUGUGCUUAGUAAAAUAGUGUAUGUCCCUGUCAGUUAGCUAUAAGCUAGGAUAUCGGCACCCUUUUGUGGCACCAUUCCAGGCACAUCCUUCGCCUCUUUGUGCGUGCGCGUCUGAGUGAAUCCCAAUCGCAAUCCCAUGCAAUGAAAGCCCCCCCUCCCCCCAACAGCAACUGCUCAUUGUACUUACAACAGAGUGUUCAAAUCUACUAUCCUCGUAGACAACCAAAACAAUAGAAGUCUUUUGAUAUGUGCAAAGUGUUCAAAUCAAAGUGCGAUCCGCAUUCGAUUCACGAACGUUGGUAUUCUCGACACAAUUGCAGAUAAUAUUUAUGGAUCUAUGGAUCUAGGCACUAGAAUAGGCGUCAUAUAUAGUAUACCGAUAUACCGAUAUAGAUACAAAUACAGAUAUAGUAAGCAAAGUAGCAGCAUAUUGUAGGAUGUAGAUCGUUGUGAUAGGAAUAUUUUGUAUUGUAUUUUGUAGUGGAAGAGUGUAGAAGAGUGUGACGAACCCUUCACUGCUCUCGAUCGUAGUGCAAUCUCGGUUUCGUAGUGAGACAGACGCUUUGACUGAGACUGUGGCCCUGAAAGAAAAAGUGGAAGGACAAAAUACAUACAUAAAUACAUACAUAGAAUGCAAGAAUAGAAGGGAAAGUUGAAAUGAAUAGAAAAUUCAAUAUGUUUUAAUAAUCUACGAACGUGUAAACAAUUGUCAAUGGAAAUUGUGCUGUGAAACAAUGUGUGAGUACUCGUGUAUAGGAAACAACAAACAAAACAAUUAAUGAAACGAAUGUGUCUACAAACAAGAGAAGAAAAAGAGAAGAGGUCGGGGGAAACACGCUGAAUGUAAUUCUUAUGCAAUACCACAUUUAUUUAGAGAAACUUUGUGGACGGAAAAUGGAAGUGUUUGUUCGAACGAG